AUGUCGUAUAACAAGCAAUACGAACCCGUGAGAGCGGAUCCCCCUCAAGCCGACUAUGAAGUCAUCGAUGUCGACCCCCACUUCAACCGGGUCGUCAAAUAUUUCAGACCCUCAGACUAUGCUGUUUGGGGAGCAACAGCAGCAGCUUUUCCAAUAUCUUUACAACUUUGGGAAAGAUUCGAACCAAGUGCUGGUGCGUUCAAGGCUCCACAGAAAGUUCCCGGCGGAGCUUUGAGAGCCGCCACCUUAUUGGGAGUUGUGGGUGGAUUCUAUUUAUCGUAUGUCAGAUCUUCCAAGAGAUUCUUGGGAUGGGAAGAAAACGCCAGAGAGGUUAAGAAGGAUAGAUACGAGAUCAAGAAGCUCUUGUCACAAGAAAAAUUGCCAUACCAUGAAAACGAAUCAGUGUUGGAUGACAGAUUAAAAGAUAUUGCCAACAGAAACUCCCAGUAUUCAUUUGCUACUAUGGCCAUUUUGCCAUGGUUUAACUUUGUGUACCACCCUUACCAUGGUGUGAACAUCCAGAAGUACUACGAGACUAGACCGGGUGAAGAAGAGUGGGGAUUCACCAAUUUGAAGCCAUACGAAGACAUAAAGGCUAAAUACACUAAGACCAUAGAGUAA